GAGACCAAAAGUGAUUCGGGCUUGCUGCUAUCUACACUGUACUAAAUGCACAGACACACACACUCACACACACUCACACACACACACACACACACACAAGCACAGGAAACAAAGCUCUGAGAUGUAAAUGCGCUAGAGUGAGGGAGAGAGAGAGACAGAGAAAGACACACUCUCUCAGCAACGCGCUUCACAUUGCAGUGACGCAGUGUCACUACAGUCCCUCUCGAGGUCCAGUCCAGUCCAGUGCCGGUUCAGUGCCAUGCCAGCGCAGUGAUGGACCCACAGAACCGAGCCGCCCUGGACAUCUCCACCCGAAACCCGCAGGAUGACUUUGAGAUCCUGCAUCGUGUCGGAGGAGGCACCUACGGGGAGGUAUACAAGGCACAGAAUAAGCAGACUGGCGACAUGACAGCAAUCAAAAUCAUCAAGAUGGAACCAGAAGACGAUUUCUCUGUGAUCCAGCAGGAGAUUGUGAUGGUGAAGAGCUGCAAGCACCACAACAUCGUGGCAUACUUCAGCAGCUACAUACAGUCCAAUAAACUGUGGAUUUGUAUGGAGUACUGCGGAGGAGGGUCUCUGCAAGACGUCUACAAUGUGACUGGCCCCCUCACAGAGCUGCAGAUUGCCUAUGUGUGCAGAGAGAUGCUGAAGGGUCUGGACUACUUGCACAAUCAGAGAAAGAUACACAGAGACAUCAAGGGAGCCAACAUCCUCCUGAAUGACCUGGGGGAGGUCAAGCUGGCUGAUUUCGGGAUCUCUGCACAGAUCACCGCCACCUUCGCUCGCCGCAUGUCUUUUAUUGGGACGCCGUACUGGAUGGCGCCGGAGGUGGCUGCGGUGGAGAUUAAGGGGGGCUACAACGAGCUGUGUGACGUCUGGUCAGUGGGGAUCACCGCCAUCGAGCUGGCCGAGCUGCAGCCCCCCCUGUUCGACGUGCACCCCCUCCGAGUCCUGUUCCUGAUGUCAAAGAGUGGCUACCAGCCUCCCAAACUGAAGGACAAAGCAAAAUGGUCCUCCAUGUUUCAUAACUUUAUUAAAAUGAUGCUGAUCAGGAACCCCAAGAAGAGGCCCAGUGCCUGCAAGAUGCUGACACACCAGUUUGUCUCCCAGUCCGGUCUGAGCCGCUCCCUCACCACUGAGCUCCUGGAGAAGCUGCAGGACCCUGAGAAGCUGCAGAGCUGCCUGGGGGAUGAGGGGGAGGGGGAGGGGGAGGGGGAGUUUCUGCCUGGGUAUCUGAGACGAAUCCACUCCACGAACCGACACAACAAGGCAGAGAGAACCAGCUCAGACAUCCGCUUGCAACAGAUCGCAAUCAAACAGCCGGCCAGGAGAGAGCGGCCCUCCCGAGACAGUGGGAAGCAGAGCGAGGCCAGGCAGCUCUCUACAGUGAACAGCCUGGAGUCUGUCAGGACCAGCAGAGAUGACAUCACAGAUUCAGACGACGAUGACUAUGACGACGUUGACAUCCCCAGCAAUUACGAUGACAGUAACACGCUACAGGCUGUCGAUGUCCCGCCCCCUUUGCCUCCCAAGCCCAAGUUCCGGAGCGGCUCGGAGGAGGGUUUCCCGGGGGAAGACGAUCGCGGUCGCACAGACCCCACACAGAGGCCCGGACGACUCUGUGCAAGAUCGGAGGACCCCCAGCCCCCCCUCCUGCCCCCAAAGAAGGACAAGAUGCUGAAGCUGCCCCAGUCACCUGCCCCCCCGCAGCAACAGGGUCCUGCAGAAUACAAGAGCCCUGAAUUCACGAAAACCCCGGUAUUCUUCAAGAAGGUGUUUAACGGCUGUCCUCUGAGAAUCAACAGCUGCACCACCUGGGACCACUGCACUACUAAAGAUCCUCAGCUGAUAUUCGGGGCGGAGGAGGGCAUCUUCACUUUGAACCUCAGCGAGCAGGAGGCCACUCUGGAGCUGCUGUAUGCAGGCAGGUGUACCUGGGUCUACUCCAUCAGCAAUGUCCUCAUGUCAAUAUCAGGCAAGGCCUCCCAGCUCCACUCACACUCCCUGAAGGAGCUGUACGAGCAGGCAGGCAAGGAGCACAGGCUGGGGGUGCUGCCCACACACAGGCUGCUGCCCAGGAAGUUUUCAGUGACCAAUAAGAUCCCAGACACCAAGGGCUGCCGGGCGUGUUCUGUAGCUCAUAACAGGCAGGGUAGCUGCAGUUUCCUGUGCUGUGCUCUGGAAUCCAGUGUGGUUCUGCUGCAGUGGUACGAGCCCAUGCACAAGUUCAUGCUGAUAAAGCACUUUGACUUCCCCCUCCCCACCCCUCUGCGUGUGUUUGAGAUGCUGGUCGUCCCGGAUCAGGAGUACCCCCUGGUCUGCAUCGGGCUCAGCAAGGGCUCCGGGCCGGGGCAGGACGUGCAGUUUGAGAACAUCAACCUCAACUCUGCCACCUCCUGGUUCACUCGCAGCAGUGCAGGGGGCGCCAGUGCAGACCCAGUUCAGGUAUCUCAGCUGGACUGCAGCACACUACUAGUCCUGGUUCACAAGCGUGUGAUGCUAGUAGACCUGCAGGGGGCAGUGAAGAGCCAGAGGAAGCAGCUGUCUGAAGUCUCUUACUCCUUCGCUGUGGAGUCAGUGGUGUAUUUUGAGGACAGUAUACUGGCUCUGUGGAAGCACGGCUGGCAGAGGAGAGACGCUCGUUUCUCGGAGGUGCUGCAGGACUGGACAGAAACCAGCAAGACAUUCAGACUGGUUGGCUCUGACAGGAUGGUGGUGGUGGAGACGAGGCCGACAGAGGACCAGUCCGCCCACAGCAACCUCUACAUCCUGGAGAUCGCAGAGAACAUCGUCCCAGCGCUGUGAACCAGUACUCCCAGUGUGCACUGAGCCACGGUAUAGCACAGACUCACUCUCACAGACUGACGAAUCAGUGUGGACUGACACACACACACACACACAAACACACACACACACACAAACACACACAGACACACACACACACACACACACACUGACGUGGUAUCUCAGCACGUUGAAUCGAAUGGCAAGGCCAGCGCUGGACGGGAGCCGCAAACGACCCAGUUCAAAAACAAACGUCUGACCAUGCAAGCAGAGAGCAAGCUGUGCCCUGGAUAGCUGGCUAGAGAUACCGAUGUGCAGAGAAACGCUGUACGUGUGCGCACUGGUUUGUAAAAGCCUUCCUUCCCGGUCCUGUGCCCUAGCGUUUCUGUAACAAUCGAAACACGCUUUUGUUUUGAAGUAAAUAAAUAAUUUAUAAACAGUUUCA